AUGGAUUCCGAUUCAGACUCCGAUGGUUCUCAUGUUUCCGCCACUUCUCCCCGAGAUCCAUUUCCGCCGCCGCCUCCUAGGAUUUCUCAGCAACCGCCGCCAAGGCAAGUGCCUCCGGUCUCCCGGAAAGUUGCGUCUUCUUCUUCUCGCUCGAAGCCCAUAGCACCUAAACAGCAGCAGCCUCCGGAUCACUUAGAGGAAGCUCCAGUACCAUCUUCCUCUUCUCUUCCGUCUCCAUUGUUCACCAAUCUCCCCUUCCGGAUCUGCGAACCUUCAAAUCUAUCUCAACCCACUGGGGUUUCCUCUUCUGUUUUGUCCUUCUAUAGACUCCGCAAAGCUUCUCUCACAUCUGAAGAGAAAUCGACGCCAGAAUGCCAAUCAGACGCCGUCAAUUGCGUGCCGGAGCUACCUCAUGUCGUAAUCGAUCCUCCGAAACCCGUUAGGAGAAAGCCUCCUAAUCUAUUUACGGAUUCCGUAACCUCUCUGCUGGAAAGCUCCGGUGUUUCGUAG